UAUGUCAUUUAUUUUAUCUGGAGCUUUCCAAUGGCGUAUAUGACCGUUGUCGAGCGAAGUGCUGUUCGAUUUCACUUAACAAGGUCACCUUCUUAUCGCUCGUGGCUUGUAUUAGUCGGUCUGACUGCUUUCGGUAAUUACGUUGCAGCUACGUCAACGGAUUCGUCGUUUGUGUGGAGAUUGCUCUGUGCUGCUGCUGGUUUUGGGCUUGGAUAUGUUUGCAUGGAUAAAUGGGAGGAGUGCAUCUUGGACAAGGCCGAAGGCAAAGUGUCUCUUAACGAGCAGUCGCUAGUCGAUCGUUUCAUUCUGAACCAUAGAAAGACAAUUGUAUCUCAACUGGACGAAAUCAUAGGCGUAACUGUGGCAAAGGAGAUAGUUCGCUAUGCUGGCACUGGGUAUCAGGUUGUUUUGCAAUUUGAUUCUGGUUAUUCACUUGCUAUAACAUCAUGUUGCAGUUAUGCUAGAAGUCCUUGUGAACACGAGGAGAUGGCAAGACAGAUUUCUAUUUUCCUUGAUUUGGAGAAAAACAUUAAUGGCGCUGAUGCUAAAGGUGAUAAGCAAGACUGAUUUGAUUGACGGUCAAACACUCAUUUAUUUUUAAAAUGAUAACGAGAAAUUAGAAUAUCAGGAGAAUUGCAAAUGAUGUUAAUUAAUUAAAUAUUAAUAUACUGAUCCAGUUUGAUUUUAAUCAUGAAGCACAUAAGUAGUUGAGGAAGUUACAGUUUCUAUUGGUAACUUUCUUGUUAUGUGUUCAUUCAUA